CUUUCCAAUGCAGCGGUUCCUCGAAUCGAAGAUGAUCACAACUCUUCAUCUGCAGGUACUGUGUCCUCGAAUGGGGCAAUCACAGGCACCUUUUAUGCGCAGAAUGGCACUAUUACCAACAUUCAGACCAUGACAGCAGCCGGGAAUAUCUAUUUCGGAUGAAUCUACCCGCUUAUUCGGCAUCGCUACCGAGUAGUUAAUAUCAGCCACCAUUCCAUGGUUCCCAGUGCAUUAUGGUUGCAUCCCGCAAAUCUAGAUUUCAGGGUCAGAGUCUAGAUACGGUGACAUCAUACUCACAUCCCAGCUCCCAACGACAACCCUCAAUUCUGCACAUCGCCUACACAUCCACCUUAAAACACGCCCAAUUGACUCAAUUAUUCCAUUGGCUCUCAAUCACUACCUACCCUUUUACAUCCGCCCAACAUGCCCCAACAUUCCUCUCCACCCACCGUGAUAUUCUGGCACCGCACCGACCUGCGCCUACACGACAACCCCGCCCUGCAAGCCGCGCUCUCCCUCAACCCGUCGACAUUCAUCCCAAUCUUCACCUGGGACCCGCACUACGCAUACCGGGUUCGUGUAGGUCCAAACCGAUGGCGUUUCUUGCUGGAAUGCCAGAACGACCUGUCACAGUCCUACCACAAACUGAAUCCGAAGCAGAAGCUGCGGGUAAUUCGUGAAGCUCCUCAAACAGUAUUCCCCAAGUUAUUCAAAGCAUGGGGUGCGACACACCUCGUAUUCGAAAGUGACACAGACGGGUACGCGCGGGAGCGCGAUGAGACAGUUAUGAAGUUAGCGAAGGAGGCAGGGGUAGAGGUUAUAGUGAAGUCUGGACGGACGUUGUUUGAUUCGGACGAAGUGGUGAAUCACAAUAAAGGCGAGCCGACGAUGAGUAUUCAUCAGGUCGAGAAGGCUGUUGAACAGAUAAAUAAUGGGGUGCCGGAUAGGCCUGUUGAUGCACCGGAGAGUGUACCUGAUCCGUUGAGGGAGGAGGAAAUGAGGGCUAUCUGUGGAGUUGAGCAUGAGGUUCCAGAUCAGGAUGAUCUAAAUGCUGCUCAUCGAACUAAGCACAACGAUACUCAAUACAGGAGCAUAGCAGGUCCCAACGGCGACUUCUCUAUCCCUACACUAGAGGAACUCUCCAUCGAACCCAGCCAAGCAACAACCCCCCACCACGGCGGCGAAUCCAUCGCCCUUGAGAUGCUACGCACCUACCUUCAACAAAACGAAGACUUCGUCGCGACAUUCGAAAAACCCAAGACAUCCCCAGCGGCCUUUCACCCACAAGCGACAACCCUCCUCUCGCCGCAUCUGCAUUUCGGCUCCCUCUCCGUGCGCAAAUUCUGGCACGACGUGCAGGAUACCCUCCACGAGCGCGAAUCAGCCCACAAGCCAACUUCAAACCUCCCUACUAAUCUCCCGGGCCAGCUUCUCUUCCGAGAAAUGUUCUUCGCUGCGCAAGCAGCUCUGGGACCCGUGUAUGCGCAAGCACGCGGAAACAAGAUCGCGCGGUUCAUUCCGUGGCAUUUACAAUCUAACCACGAUGAGGAGACGGGGUUAGUGGACAGGACGUAUAUGAUCGAUGAUGAGCAAGCGGAGGUAUGGUUCCGACGGUGGAAGGAAGGGCGGACGGGGUUUCCGUGGAUCGAUGCAUUAAUGAGACAGCUGAAGUAUGAGGGGUGGAUUCAUCAUUUGGGACGACAUAGUGUCGCAUGUUUCCUGACCAGAGGGGGAUGUUAUGUGCACUGGGAGAGGGGGGCGGAGGUGUUUGAGGAGUGGUUGGUUGAUCACGAAACAGCCUCUAAUGUCGGAAACUGGAUGUGGCUGUCCUGCACGGCAUUCUUUACGCAGUUUUAUAGAUGCUAUUCGCCGGUGGCGUUCGGGAAGAAGUGGGAUCCAGAAGGGCUGUUCGUGAGACACUAUGUUCCGGAGCUGGAACAUUAUGAUAAGAAGUAUAUUUAUGAGCCGUGGAAGGCGCCGGUAGAGGACCAGAAGAGGUGGGAGUGUCGGGUAACUGGGGAUGGGAUGGUCGAGAAGGAUGAAGAGACUGGAUUAAGAACGUACCCGGAGCCGAUGUUCGACUUUGAUGAGAGGAGACAGACGUGUAUUGCCCAGAUGAAGGAGGCGUACGGGGUGCAUUUGAUGGGGGAUGAUGAGAGGGUGAUGGAUGGGUCGUGGAAGGAGGUGUUUGGGUAUGAAAUCAAGGACGGGAGAGUGGUGGAUGAGACGAAUGAGAGGGUGGAUGGGGAUGGUGGUGAUCAUGAGGGAGGGCAGAAACGGGGGCGAGAAGUAGGGGGUGAGGGUGGUGAAAAUGCAGAUGGAGGGCAUGCUUUGUUGAAGAAAAGAUAGACUACUG